AUGGCAGCCGAAGAGGACCGCACAGCCUUGAACGGUCUGGAGAAGAUGUUGUUCAAGCUGGUAUCGGAGAAAGCGGCAUCGGCGCAAUGGUCGGAAUGGCUUCGAGCCCCGCUGGAGCACGCUGUGGCCGAAGGUGACAAUGAUCUUGCCUUGGCCCUACUGAAAGCCGGGGCUGACGGGAGUGCUGGCUGGGAGGGUUGUGGCGACCGCACUCUACUGCAGGCGGCUGCCGAAGGAGGAAACGAGGAGGUGGUGUUGACUUUACUGGAUAACGGGGGCGUGGAGGAGUUGGACGUUGUCUCUGGUGACAACGAAAGGACUGCACUCCACCGGGCGCUUGCUGGUGGGCACACUGAAGCGGCGCGUGUACUGAUGCUCGCCGGCGCAGACGUGGGCUUGCUUGAUGUCAAGGGGCGCAGCGCCCUACAUUACGCCAUCGAAGGCAGGCAUCUGCAGCUCGCCGGAGAUGCGUUGCUUGGGGGGGCGGACCCCAAAGCCAUGGACGCCGACGGCAACACUCCCCUGCACUUUGCUGCUGCUCAUGACGACGAUAAGUUCGUCGGCACGCUUUUGCGCAGGGGGGCUCAUGUUAACGCGGCGAACAACAAAGGAAAGUGUCCGCUCCACGUGGCUGCCAAGAAAAGACGUGUCACUGUUGCAGAGGCUCUUUUGAAGGCGGGUGCUGACCCUAACGCUCGGUACGGUAGGCUCAGAGAUCGUUCACCGCUUUUCUUUGCACACGAGAAUGUGGCCAUGACGAGGACCCUCCUUGAGUACGGUGCGGACGUCCUCUCAUUCAAUCAUCUCGGCUUCACGGCACUGCACACGGCUGCGACGGAAGUGUUUUGGCACUUCUCUCCGAUUCUUGUCAAGUACGCUUGGGCGAACGCAAAGGUGAUCGGUGCUCUCCUCGAGGCUGGGGCCGAUCUGGAAGCGAGAUCUGGGGAGGUUUUCCGAGAUUCGCACAGAUUCACGGGGCUGACACCUCUUCACGUUGCCGCCUAUCACCAAAAGGCCAGUAUGGCCGAACUGCUACGGAAGGGAGCCGACGUCAACGCAGAAUCUGAUAACGGUUUGACUCCACUACACAUGCUGUGUAUGAAACCCAGAUUGAACCCGGAUGAUACAGCAGACCUUCUACUGAGAUGGGGCGCGGACGAAACGGCCAUCGACAACGAAGGCUACACUCCCAAAGCCCGGAUUGUGGGCUCCUCGAACGGAAGUCAAGCCCUGCGACACAUGUUAGACAAGGCGCCGGUAGACAGGGCGUGGCGUCGCCGGGGCACUCUGAUCAUGUGCCGCGCUUUGCCCGGGAUUGUGUCGACCACGAGUCGGAGGGGGAGAGGCCGCAGGGCUAGAGCCCGGACCCGUGCCGGCGGUGGGCGUGGGGGUGAUAGUGUGAGCCGCAGGCGCGGGUUAGGGGGUUUGCUGGCCAGGGUAGUGGAGCUGGAUGACGCAGUUUUCCGGACGGUUGUGGGGUUCCUGUGAAGGUAGGUGGAAGGGCUGGGUUU